ACGACAAGAGUCAAGAGUGAGAAAAACUCUGACGGUGCUUAAAAUACAGAAAAAAAUCAGCAAGUACAAUUUUAACCUCCUGAGAAGAGAUUUCUGUACAAAUCCCCAGCGAGAAAAGGUGUCUGAGGGACUUUUAAGGACUUUUGAGGAAGUAUCAUGUCUCGUUCACAACUUCUAUUUGUUCUCCUGUGCUGUCUUCCUGUGGCAGCCUGUUUGAAGUGUUACACUUGCGUAUUUCCAGCCAUCUCUCCUCUGGACUGUUUAAAGUUUCCUCUGGAGUGUCCGGCUGGGCAGCGCUGCCUCUCCAGCGUAGCGACUGGAAGACGAGGCGCUCUACAGCUGACGAUGUAUGAGAAGAGCUGUGCUGUCAGCUCCCAGUGCGGCCUGAGUGGACAGAAAUACACCUCAGGCAUCUUCCUCAAUUACACCAAUGUCUGCUGCGAUACGGAUCUGUGUAAUGAAGCUGCAGCUGUUGCUGCCCUCAGCUGGAGAGGAUUGAUGCUCUGCCUGCUGCCUGCAUUCAGCCUCCUGCUGGCCUGAGCAGCUCAGGCCAUGAGGAGGCCAAAAUCACAGAAGAGAGUGGAAUCAGCGGGAAAUAAUGCAUUAAAAUGUACAACCACAGGCCUACGGGGCAGGAACUGGUGCACCAAUAAGGUUUGAAAAUUACAGUUUUGAAAGAAUUAACAGAAGUGAUGCAGUGCUAUGAUAUAGAGAAAUCUAUAAUGAUGUUUUCCUGCAGCUAAAAGCAACAUGUGGUACUAAAAUAUAUCUAUUUUAAAUACUAUUACCUGAUUUGAUACCCUAAAUAAAGUGAUGUCUAACCCCCAGAGUGUUUUUUGAAUUAAAAGUACUAAAAACUUAAAAGAAAGUGAGAAACAAAAUUAAAAAUAGCUUUUUUUCUUCCUUUUAUUUCAUUUUAUUUUUAUCUUGUGACCUUUAAAAUAAGGUGUCAAAGGUCAUAAAAAUUAAAUUUUCACAAAAUAUUUUGAGUAAAAAUAACUAUAGGCUAAUAAUGCUAUUACACACACUUUAAAGAGAUGCCUUCUUAUAUGUUUCCUGCCAGUGAUGCUCCAUUUUAUAUGUAUUUACUGUGUUCACUAAAAGUUGUUGUGUUUGACAUAGUGUUUAUUGAGGUUGCUGACUGAGAAUAAAAUUUACUGCAUCUACUAGAACCGACUCUACGCCUUUUUGUUUGUCUUUCAAUAAUAUUACCCUUGAUAGAGAUUAUUAAAAAAAAAUUUAAAAAAACAUGCAUUUGUUACAGGUGGACUUAAUAACAAGAUAUUUUAUUGGGAUAUUAAUACAUGUGUCUUUGUAAGAGCUUAAACAUUUACAUUUCAGCAGUGCUAUUAGUUUGAUUGUCUUCAUUGAUGCUUUAAACCUACUGGUUGAGCGUCCAUGCUACUGGUUUGAUCCUGUGGACGUUUAAGUGCAGCUGCUUCUGACUACACGAUAGUAAACAGCAUAAAAAAAAAAAGACAAAUAAAAAAGGCUAAAAUAUUGAAAGGAAAAUACAUAGGGGUGGGGAACAAAGUGGAAAGCACAAUAUGGGUAACAAAGCACAUGCAUGACAGUUGUUUAAAAAAAAAAAAAAAAAA